AUGGCUGAAAUAGCUGCUACUGCUGCUUCCAAAGCUGCAGAACAAGUUACAGAGACUUACCAGAAGUAUAUGGAGAAGGCAAAGGAACAAAUUGAGGAGGUCAGAAGUCGAAGACAGGAUGUGGAAGCAGAUGUUGACGUUGCUGAAAGACAAGGGGAAGAGAUUUACAAUGAAGUUACAGACUGGCUGAGAGGCAUGGAAGGUUUCAUGGAACGUGAAGUAAAGCUCGUUGAUGAUGAAGAUAAAGCAAAAAGGCUUAGCGAGGAUGCAGAGCAGGUGGCAGAGGAUGGAGCCAAGCUCUUGGAAAAAGGAAAAUUCAGUGGAGUUUCCCACCCCGCUAUUCUAAGGAGGACAAAAUCCAUAUUUGUCGGCGAGGAUUAUGAGAGGUUUCACUCAAGAGAGUCCAAUUUCCAGGAUAUCAUAGAGGCAUUGAAGGAUUCUAAGGUUAAUAUGAUUGGAGUGCACGCGAUGGGUGGUGUGGGAAAAACCACGCUGGUCAAAGAAGUUGCUUGGAGAGCCAAGGAAGAUAGUUUAUUUGAUGAGGUGGUAUUUACUGAGGUAACACAAACUCUUGAUCUUAAAAAAAUUCAAGUCGACAUUGCUAGUCAAUUGGGCAUGGUAUUUAAAGACCAAGAGAAUCUAUCUGGAAGAGCUGAUCAAUUACUUUAUAGGUUGAAAAAAGCCAAGAGAAUCCUUGUAAUUGCAUAUAAUAUCUGGAAGAAGCUUGACUUGAAGGUUGUUGGGAUUCCUUUUAGCUAUGAUGAUAAAGGUAGCAUCCAACAAGACAAGAAAGAAAGCAACGAUGAGAAAUUGUGA